AUGUCGUUAGCAGCUGAGAUUAUAUACAACGCGGCGAUUCCGUUCAUCAAAGUCUCCAUCCUCCUUCUGUAUCACCGCAUUUUUCCGCAACAAUGGCUGAAUCGGGCUCUGUUGUGGCUCGGAUCCUUCAUUCUAGCGUACAGCAUUGCACAAAUCUUUGCAGAUAUUUUCCAGUGUAUUCCAGUCGACUCUUUGUGGGGAGCGAGCCCGAACCGAUAUUGCAUCAAUUAUCCGUUGUUGAUCAAGAUUUGCGGUGUCAUCAACAUCCUCACCGACGUGGCUAUACUGGCUCUUCCCAUGCCGUCUCUGUUGAAGUUGAAUCUUUCGGCGUCCAGGAAGAGGCUCCUCAUGAUUACGUUCUCAAUCGGUGGAAUUGCCUGCGUUGGGGCUAUUGUGCGUCUUUUCUACGUGGACAAGAUCGGAAACAGCUAUGACGCAACCUGGGACUACGGAAUUCCUGCACUUGUUGCAAACGUUGAACUCUGCGUUGGGGUUUUGGCCGCCAAUCUCCCUACCUACCGCCCGCUUAUUACGACGAUCACCUCGAGCAGACAUGCCACAGAUACCAGACGCACACCGCAAGUAGCUGGCUCGUACCUCCCAGUCAAGGACUCACUUCAGGUGCCACUCAGUAGCCUCUUUAUCAAGCAGGGCGUGUCAAGCACAGAUCUAGAUCGAGAUAAUGUGGAGAUGCUUUCCGGAAAACACCAGGUGUACACCCAUAUAUCAGGAGACAGUGGAGCCUGGCCAAAAGGCCGGAAUAACGAGAUUCGAGUUACGACCUCGUUCAACGCGUCAUAG